AUGACAGCCGUCACCUAUGAACCUGCUCAUCUCUUAACUGAUGCUUUUCAACGGAAUCCAUUUGCCAGCAGCGAAGAAGAACAAGAACAAGAAGAUACCCCUUGCACAACUGCCGAUUGGGAGGCUCCUGCAGCAUCUGUCGCUGUUUCACCGCCACCAACCGCUUCCUCGCUUCCUGGUUGGUUUGCUUCAAUGGCCAAGAGUCUGCAGGGGCAGCCGCUGUUUGCACCACCCCUUGCGAAUCCUGGCAAAUGGUGGACCUCGCGUUAUCUACAAGCCGAACUAGCACGUCGAAAGUGGCGCAAGAAUCUUCGGGUGCAACUGCAGCACUUUCUCAGAGACUCGGGGCUUUUGCGGGCCAUGGUAGAUACCUUGGUGACCAUUGGCACUCCCGCCUUGGCCAUGGAACACCCAGACAUUGUGCCCCGUUUUCUGCAGCUGUCACAAGACUGUACUCGGAUCAAGUAUGGAGACCAUGAUAUGCAGGGUAUUGACAUGUUUUUACCAAAGGAAGUGGAAGAACCCAAGGGCUUGCUCUUUUUUGUGCACGGUGGUGCUUGGGGGAGUGGAAAACCGUGGAUGUACCGUCUGUUGGCAGAACCAUUCUUACAAAAAGGCAUGGCUGUAGCAGUUGUGGGAUACAGAACGUUCCCAGAUGGUGACAUCAACGACCAAGUGAAUGAUUUGGAACGAGCCUCCCAGGAGUUAACCAAACGAUACCCACACUUGUGCUUGCCUCAGUGUCAGUCGGAUCUGGGAGUUUGUGUCAUGGGCCACAGUAGCGGUGCUCAUAUUGCCAUGGAAAUGUUAGUCAAUCGACUUUUACAAAAGCAACAACACACAGAUGCUACUCAGAUGAGGAUUGAUUCGUUCAUCGGCAUUUCUGCGCCCUACGAAUUGUCCAGUCACUAUGAAUUUGAAACUAUGCGAGGACUAGAACAUAUAUCACCCAUGAAAGCUGUAUGUGGAUACGACAGGGACCGACUUUCCGAGUAUUCCCCGGUGCUUCGCUUGUUCCAAAAGAUGGAUGCAUUGCCUCGUAGCGACCGACAAGCCAUCAAGGAGGCUUGUCCUCCUGUCGCCAUGAUUCAUGGAACUCAUGACGACACUGUGCCGUUUACCUCGAGUCGUCAGGCAGCCAAGCUUUUCUCACUGGCUGGCAUCCACAAGUGCCAAGAAAUGUAUCUGUCCGAGACGGGACACAGCGACACUGUAUUGGAACUCAUGUUGGGUGGGAAGACUCAAGAUAUUCUCAUGGACUGGUUGUUGAAAAGCAACAAGAAGGAGGAUGUUUCAACGCAGGGAAUGGAUGCUUCGUUGACAAGGGAGAAGGAAAUGGCACUGACUACUCCAUAG